AGUACUCAAAAUAUGACAUCUCAAUACUUUUUCUUUGAUGUUUUCUUGGUUCAAUACGAACGUAAGCGAGAGCCCAAUCGAAAUCGAAGAAGAAGAUGGUGUUCAUCGCAACGCCAAAUUCCAAAACUUUUUCCCUAAAUCUAAACCCUAAAACCACCACUCUCCUUUCCCUCCAACAAUCCAUUCAACUCCGCACCCAAAUCCCUAUUUCUCACCAACACCUUCUCCUCUCCCCCAACCCCACCUCUUCCCUUCUCCAUUCCCCCGAUCCCGAUUCCGUCCUUCUUUCCCAACUCCAAAUCACCCCUUACUCUACCUUAUUCCUUCAUGUUCCCCUCCGCGGCGGCACCCAACCUGGCCCCAGCGGUGCCGCUGUGCCCAAGCCACGCUUAGAUUUUCUCAACUCCAAGCCUCCCCCUAACUAUGUUGCUGGUUUGGGGCGUGGUGCCACGGGCUUUACCACUCGGUCUGAUAUCGGUCCAGCCCGUGCUGCUCCUGACUUACCUGACCGGUCCGCUACUACUAUUGGUGGUGCUGCAGCGCCCUCUGGGCUUGGCCGUGGCCGGGGAAAGCCUGGUGAAGACGAAGAAGACGAUGAAGGUGAGGAUAAGGGUUACGAUGAAAAUCAGAAAUUUGAUGAAUUUGAAGGAAACGACGUGGGUCUUUUCGCCUCCGCGGAGUAUGAUGAAGAUGAUAAAGAAGCUGACGCUGUUUGGGAGGCCAUCGAUAAGAGGAUGGAUUCAAGGAGGAAAGAUAGAAGAGAGGCAAGGCUGAAGGAAGAGAUUGAGAAAUACCGAGCGUCUAACCCGAAAAUUACUGAGCAGUUCGCGGAUUUAAAGAGAAAGUUGCAUACUUUGUCAGCCGAGGAGUGGGAGAGUAUUCCAGAAAUUGGGGAUUAUUCGUUGAGGAAUAAGAAAAGGAGGUUCGAGAGUUUUGUGCCAGUCCCAGAUACUCUUUUGGAGAAGGCAAGGCAGGAGCAAGAGCAUGUUACGGCUUUGGACCCAAAGAGCAGGGCUGCGGGUGGGACGGAAACUCCGUGGGCGCAAACCCCUGUAACCGAUUUAACUGCUGUUGGUGAAGGGAGAGGUACUGUCUUGUCUUUGAAGUUAGAUAGGUUAUCGGAUUCUGUUUCGGGUUUAACUGUUGUGGAUCCAAAAGGUUAUUUGACUGAUUUGAAAAGUAUGAAGAUUACUAGUGAUGCUGAGAUUUCGGAUAUUAAGAAGGCCAGGUUGUUGUUGAAAAGUGUUACGCAGACCAAUCCCAAACAUCCUCCCGGUUGGAUUGCGGCUGCAAGGCUGGAGGAAGUGGCUGGGAAGAUCCAGACAGCUAGGCAGUUGAUUCAGAAAGGGUGUGAGGAGUGUCCCAAGAAUGAAGAUGUAUGGCUGGAGGCUUGUAGGCUUGCGAGCCCAGAUGAGGCCAAGGCUGUGAUUGCUAAGGGAGUGAAAUCAAUUCCCAAUUCAGUGAAGUUGUGGUUACAGGCUGCUAAAUUAGAGCAUGAUGAUGUGAAUAAAAGCAGGGUUUUGAGGAGGGGUUUGGAGAACAUACCGGAUUCUGUGAGGUUAUGGAAGGCUGUUGUGGAGCUUGCAAAUGAGAAGGAUGCAGCGACUUUGCUUGAAAGGGCCGUGGAGUGCUGUCCUUUACAUGUGGAGUUGUGGUUAGCACUUGCUAGGUUGAAGGAUUAUGAUAAAGCUAAGAAAGUGCUUAAUAGGGCAAGGGAGAAGUUGCCUAAAGAGCCUGCUAUAUGGAUUACAGCUGCGAAGUUGGAGGAGGCUAAUGGAAAUAAUGCUAUGGUGGGAAAAAUUAUUGAGAGGUGUAUUAGGGCAUUACAAAGAGAAGGAUUUGUGAUUGAUAGGGAGGCUUGGAUGAAAGAGGCUGAGGCGGCAGAAAGGGCUGGCUCUGUUGUGACAUGCCAGGCAAUCAUUCGAAAUACAAUUGGGAUUGGAGUGGAGGAAGAGGAUAGGAAGAGAACUUGGGUGGCUGAUGCCGAAGAAUGCAAGAAGCGGGGUUCAAUUGAGACUGCUAGAGCUAUCUAUGCUCACGCUCUUACUGUCUUUUUGACAAAGAAGAGCAUUUGGCUGAAAGCAGCUCAGCUGGAGAAGAGUCAUGGGACUAGGGAAUCUCUUGAUGCUCUUCUUCGUAAAGCAGUCACGUACCGGCCACAGGCUGAGGUUCUUUGGCUUAUGGGUGCCAAAGAGAAAUGGCUUGCUGGGGAUGUGCCUGCUGCACGAGCUAUCCUUCAAGAAGCAUAUGCUGCCAUACCUAAUUCUGAGGAGAUAUGGCUUGCUGCGUUUAAGCUUGAAUUUGAAAACCAUGAGCCUGAGAGAGCAAGAAUGCUCCUUGCCAAGGCUCGAGAAAGAGGAGGCACAGAGAGAGUAUGGAUGAAAUCAGCCAUUGUGGAGAGAGAAUUGGGGAACACCGAGGAAGAAAGGAGGUUGCUUGAUGAAGGAUUGAAGCAAUUCCCAUCAUUCUUUAAACUGUGGUUGAUGCUUGGGCAGCUCGAGGAAAGGCUUGGUAACUUAGAAAAGGCAAAGGGAGUUUAUGAAUCAGGUUUAAAGCACUGCCCAAGUUGUAUACCUCUAUGGGUUUCUCUUGCUAUUCUUGAAGAGAAAAUGAAUGGGAUUGCUAAGGCUCGAGCUGUACUCACCUUGGCAAGGAAGAAGAAUCCACAACAACCUGAACUCUGGCUUGCUGCCAUACGAGCUGAGGCAAGACAUGGCUACAAGAAGGAAGCCGAUAUCUUAAUGGCCAAGGCAUUACAAGAGUGUCCAAAUAGUGGUAUAUUGUGGGCAGCAUCUAUUGAGAUGGUUCCAAGGCCUCAACGUAAAACCAAGAGCAUGGAUGCCCUCAAGAAGUGUGAUCAUGAUCCCCAUGUCAUUGCCGCGGUGGCUAAGCUAUUUUGGCAUGAUAGGAAGGUGGAUAAAGCCAGGACUUGGCUAAAUAGGGCUGUGACUCUUGCUCCAGAUAUUGGGGAUUUCUGGGCAUUGUAUUACAAAUUUGAACUUCAGCAUGGUACUGAGGAGAACCAGAAAGAUGUGAUGAAAAGGUGUGUUGCUGCAGAACCGAAGCAUGGUGAGAAAUGGCAAGCUAUUUCAAAGGCUGUAGAGAACUCUCACCAGCCUACUGAAGCCAUUUUAAAGAAAGUAGUGGUUGUGUUGGGCAAGGAAGAGAGUGCUGCGGAAAAUAACAGUAAACACUAAUUACUUUUAACUAAUAGUUACUCGUGUACUUGGGGGUAGUGCCAGCUGAAUCAAUUCUGAAGCAUGUUUUCUUUGGUUUUUGGACAAUUAUGGUGAGACUUUAUCUUCAACUAUGAUGUUUUUAGCAUAUAGCGUCUACUUGUUUUGUUGCCUCGUUUUGCUUAUCAUUGUUUCCAGAGAAAUAACAAUAGGACAAGCUUUGGAGUUUGGUUUUCAGUGGAUAUCAGUCCUGUUUAGCUAGAGUAGAAGAGUACUCAUCCGUAUUUGUCGUAUUAAAGCUUAAAAAGAUCCAAAAGAAUUCGAAUGCUCUUUAUAUCUCA